UUGCAACAAUGUCAAGGCCUGCGUUUGUUGUCGGUGUUGGAAUGACGAAAUUUGAGAAACCUCUGACUAGAGCUUGGGACUACCCUGACAUGGGACGAGAAGCAGCUUCUGCAGCUCUCAGAGAUGGUGGGCUGUGUUAUGAUGAUGUGCAGGCUGUGUGUGCGAGCUAUUGCUAUGGAGAGCCAACAUCAGGUCAAAGAGUAGCUUACGAACUUGGUCUAACGGGCAUUCCCAUAUUCAAUACAAACAACAACUGCAGCUCUGGAUCAUCAGCUCUGAUGAUUGCAAGACUCCUGAUUCAAAGUGGUGCGUUUGAUUGCGUGCUGGCUGUUGGAUUUGAGAAGAUGGAACGAGGACUUUCGGAGCGAUACACAGACAGGGCGUCUCCGGUUGAAAGGCAUAGAGCUUCUCUGAUUGAGAUGGGAGCUGAUGUACGACCGGUCACUCCCAAGAUGAACAACAUGACUUCUGAUGUUAUUAAGAUGUUUGCUUAUGCAGCAAACGAACACAGCAGACUAUACGGCACCACACCUGAUCAAUACGCACGCAUAGCACACAAAAACAGAAAGCACGGCUCCAACAAUCGUUACGCUUGCUUCCAAAGUGAAAUUUCACUACAGCAGGUCGCCAAGCAACCUCUCUUGUAUCCAAUCACAACAGGCAUGUCGGCCAUGACUGCUGAUGGUGGAGCUGCAGCGAUUCUCUGCAGUGAGCAGUUCAUGCAUCUUCACAGGUUGGAAAAAAAUGCUAUGGAGAUUGUUUCCCAGCAUAUGGUGACGGACAUUCCUUCGUCGUUUGGAAAAAGUUUCCGGAAUCUUUGUGGAGUGGAAAUGUCACGGUUGGCUGGACAACGAUGUCUACGAGAUGCAGCAAUGUCGAUUAGAGAUGUUGAUGUAUUGGAAGUUCAUGACUGUUUCUCGUGCAAUGAGCUGUUCAUGUAUGAAGCAUUGGGAAUGUGUGGUGAGGGCAAAGGAGGUGGACUGAUUGAUGAGGCAGAAUGGGUGAAGAAUGCUGCAGGGGGUGAAGUAUGUGUCGUCGGGAAUCAAUGGGUCGUCAACCCAUCUGGUGGUCUGGAAUCCAAGGGUCAUCCCAUUGGUGCAACUGGUCUUGCUCAGUGUGCCGAGCUAAACUGGCAACUUCGUGGCGUUGCUGGCAAACGUCAGGUUGACGGCUGCAGAGUUGCUAUGCAACAUAACUUCGGGUUGGGCAGUGCAGCUGUGGUUACUCUGUAUCAAAAAUACAAACCAGAGCAGCCACUCUCUGUCAACCACAUGAAACCUCCAACGGCUUCAAAGCUCUGAACUGUACUAGGGAAGUCGGUUGGACACAACACUAUUUGUAAUCUGAUGCUUUCAAAAUAAUCAAUAAAAUAUAAUUAAUUAGUUAUGUUAUCUCACUGCUGGUGGUUACACCGUACACGCCACAUGUGAGAAUAGCG